AUGUCGUCGGGAGUGCGGUUCGUGGCGGACGCGGCGACGCGGGCGCGAGCGCUGGGGAUCGGGGACGAGGCGACGUGGGAACACGGGCUGAGCGACAACGCGCGCGGGGCGCUGGAGAUCAUCGGUCGAUGCGGCGCGCGAGGGAUCACGACGAUCGAGUUGAACAAGGCGUGCGGGGGGAAGAGCAUGGAUCACGCCGUGCGCACGCUCGCGGGGGCGGGAUUGGUGAGUUUGAAAAAGACAAACGCGAGGAGCGGAGCGACGGAGAACGUGGCGCGGCUGCGUCGUUUCGCUCGAAGUGAAACGUCGAGAGUGGAUGAGAGCGCGGCGUAUAACGAAGCGUUUACUAGAAUACUAGAUGCGGCGCCGCAGCGAACGGCGCUGGCCAAGAGCGUCCGCGAGCGCUUGCACGAGGAAUUCGCGCACUCGUCGUUGCUGGUGGGUAAAACUAUGAAGCAGCAGACGAAAGUCUUCAACGCGGUCAAGCUUCAGUUGUGUCGUUUAAAGUACGUCGAACCCGUUUUAGGCGAUAUAGGUGACUCGUUGCGAUUGCUGAGACUUUACGACGCGAACGACGUAGACGAAAAUGACGUCGACGGCGAGGAGAAUUUUGACGACGCGGAUUGGACCGGCCGCGGCGCGCGCGCCGCCGUCGUGGCGGAACAAACGUUCGAGACGCAGCUUUGCCAACGCGUGCGCGAGUGUGGUAGUGUUAGUCAAGCGGAAAUCUUGAGCGACUACGACGUUGCACCGCGAGUCUUGGAGAAACGCGUGUUGAAAAUGUGCGACGAUGACAAGCUGUUUCGGCGCGUCACCGUGCAGCGCGGCAAGGCAAAGGUCACCUUCUUUGCGCCGAACGAGAACGACGUAGACGUCGGAACGCGCGAUGCGCCGGCGACGACCGCGAAGUCGGCCGCGUUGAAAGAAGACUUGAUGAUUGUCGACGACGCCACGCGUCGUUACGACAUUCUUGUCGAAGAAUUACGCAUGAAAGGAUUUCUUUACAUCAAUCGCUUGAGCACGUGGCUCGCCGCCGCCGAAGGCGGAUUGUAUAAGGCUGUCGACAAGAAAAGUAUCAAUGCGAUCGUCGAUAACGUCGUUCGUAACGGCGAAGGCGUCGUGCGCGAGAUCGCGUGGAGUGUGACGGAACGUCCGCCAGACAAGAUUCUGUUUCACAUUGACUACCCAUUUGAUCCGGCGAGCGCCGAGGAUGCGGCUUUUAUCGAGGCGCUGAAAGAUGACAUUCAAACGACGGAGGUAGCGCAUAGGCAGCGCACGAUUAAGAAACUUGGCUUGAGUGAAGUCGUGCGCGUCGAACCGAUGCAGGCGUUGCCGGCGCCGCCGGCGUCUGCAAUCGCGACGCGAGACGUAGUCAUGGAGGACGAUGUUGACAUUCGCUCUAAUUACCGGACGCUUCACGACUUUCACGCUAUCGGGUUGGGUUACAUCAAGUCUGCGCUCGUUCGUCUCGAAGCCCUACACUUGUACUUGGUUGCAAACGUUUUCGAGCGCGGCUCCGAGGACGGCGCGAUUAACGGCGACGUACUGGAUGGAUCAAUGCCGAUUUCGAUUUACAUUAAAGUGGUGAACAGCACGGAGUCAAAAUCUAUUGUCGCUCAAGAUUUAGAGCACAUCAAAGCCGAGGGCUUGCGCGAAAAGCUCGUGAAAGAUUUACCGAGAGAAUUACGUGAUAAAGUACAAUCGACGUAUUACAUGUCCAGGCUCACACAGCGAUUGAUGACGCUCGGAUUACUUUACGAGGUGCCUCAGUAUAACGAGGCGACUGAAUCAAUAGAACUCGUGUUAACGCUCAGAAAGAGCGCGCGAUUUCAAACGAAACCUGCCGACACCGAGGAUGAGAGUUCGUGGAGCGAAAAUUUUGACGUCACGACCGAAACCGGCGCGCGAGAAUAUUGGAGUGCGCUAGAGAAUACGUUUAAGGGUAAACCUGAGAUGGAUAACGCGCACCCGGCUAUAGACUUCACUUACCCUCGAAUCACUUCAGUGCGCGCGUGGAAUCGCAAGUGGGCACUAUCGUUGGAUAACUGCAUCAUUCUCAUGGAUCGUUUACGAGAGGCUUGGGACGCACUUCUCCAUCUGUUGCUCGUCCGCGCGGAGGUUUCGACCAAAGAUGAACAUCUGAACGAUGGCUCAGCAAGUGAAAACAAAUCGCUCGUCGGUGCGGCGAUCGAAUCUCUUGCAGAAUCUGGGUUGCCCAACGAAGACGCGCUUCGCGUCGAGCAACUCGCCCAAGAUCUUGAUCUCCCGGACGAUUUGAAUCACAUCAAGCAAACAUGGCGAAAUUUUUGCUAUGCGAAAAUAUGUGCAGCCGUGACAGAUGGAGUGGUUUCAUCAGACGUGGCGGCUAGGGCGUUGAACAUGUAUGCGCACUACUCUCGCUUCAAAGUAAGCAGUCGUGUGUCGCAACGCUCGAUUAUGCCGCCGGCGAACACAGCGCGUGCACCGACGCUUCGAUUGGACUCUUUAUCGCACAUUGAAUCCCCAUCGAGCGCCUUAGCAAAAGAAAACAUAGAUGAUAGUAGAGUCGCUCCGCAAGAGUUGUUCGAUGACGACGAAAGCGACGGUGAAUUUGGUGUAACCACCUCGCGCAAGAAAUUCAUCUUUGGCCCGUCAGAGGACGAAUUCUUGGUGUUUUGCAUGAUUCGUUUCAUCGCGCUUUCUGGAACGAACGCUUUGAGAGCAGAAAAACGUGACUAUCGUGCGUCAGUGGUGUACUCUGAUCCAAUGUGGCGUUCGCGUUAUCCAGUAGUGAAGAAGCGUACGGUGGUAAAGCGUUGGAGACAACUCACCGUUGGCGAAGGUGAAGACGAAGGCGAUAUCAAGACCCAGAGACACGACGCUAUACUUCGAAUCGGGGCAGAAUUUUACGAGCGCGGCGCUCGCGCUCGGCGCGAUAGUGCGCUUCCUCAUUUACCGUCACCGACGCCGGAUAGUUCCGAAGCGAUCGAUCGCUGGGAUGAAAUCUGGGAUUGCACCGGAAAAUGGUCAGAGGGCAUCGCGAAACAAGUUUUGCAAGCUACGCGCGCAGUCUUGCAUGACUUCCCAGUGCCUUAUCCUCUCUCACGACGCGACGUGCCCAAGUCACCUCGACACGGCAAUCGCAUGAGGCAAAAACGGGAGGAAAAAGUUCGUCGAAUCCGAGCCGGUCGAGAUCUCACUGAGGCCGACGACGACAUUAUCCUUGCGCGUCUCGCGCCAAUCGCAUUUCUUCGCCGACGCGCCAUCUCAUUUCAGGACGAGAGCGAUGAUAGCGACGAAGACGACGUUAGUGACUACGAUGAUUCAGACGUCGACGAGGAAAUCACAGUUCCGUUCAAGGAUUUGCACGACCACGUCGUGCCCUCGCCUCGAGUGGACGCGCUCAGUUACGCGCAGACACUCUUCGACGCUAACGCCCCAAACACUGUAGCCUGCAUCGCUCCGAACGGUCCGCAAGUCCUCACUCUAUGCCAAGCAUUGGUCGACAAUAGAGUUGCUAUGUCUACCACGACUGACUCGGUGGGAGACUCGUUACCACAAGCGUUCAACGGUCAAGGUGCUGGCGAUUCGACGUACUUUAAAUCGCCCAACGUCGCAGUCAAGGCGAUGCACAGCGUGAAGAUUGAAAUUCUCGACGCUUCGAAAGCGAGUGCAGAAGUCGCGGUGGAAACCGUCGGUACGCUUCGCUUGCCCGCAAAAAAUUUAAAGAACGUAGAAUCGAAGUGCUUGAAGAUUGUUGAAAAAGCUGGCACAGCGGUACCGAGUCAAGUCAUCAUCGAUGAACUUCGAGUGGCGAAAGUCGCCGAGACCUUUGGAGCACUUGGAGCGUACAACGUGCAUCAUGCGCUCGGCGUGCUUGUUUCGAGUGGAGCCCUUCGAACGGAAACGCACGAGAACGAAAUCGUAUAUUCCAUGCCUUCAGAGAACGCCAUGGAUUUCGCCGACAAUGCGGCGUUUGAAAAUUGCACACGCGCCGCCGCCGCCGUGGCGCUCAACCAACCGGGAUCCUCGGAGACGCGGAUCGUGAAUGCACUUGGCAAAUCGUACCCAAUUCACCUCAUUGCGCGCGCGUUGAACCAUCUCGUCGACGAAGGCGUGUUGCUUGAACGCGUCACUGAAAAGUUUUUCUCCGUUGUUCCGCCUGUGCUUGGCGGUUCUACCAUGGGCGACGAAGAAAACAUGGCCGAGCGCCACUUCUUCAUCGCCGACGAAACCUCGCCCAAGACAACGGAGUUGUUAAUCGGCGAUAGCGAUUUCCUAGUAUAG